AUGGCCCAAGAAAACUUCUCACGGCAAAUGAGUGACGUCUCUUCAAGCUUCGUCGAACUCAUGUACGAAGUCAACAAGCGCGGCAACCUCCCAGGCUGGCCUGAAACCUCUAAACUGCAGUCCUUGCGUUCGGACUAUAACUCUUGGGUCCGGAAUCACGGCAUGGGACUCGACUCGGGGAUCUCCAAUUCUGCCCCAAACUAUCCGAGCGAAGCACUCGUCAAACGAUCUGCAAUUAGGCUAGCACUUUCCACGCUAAACUCCCAAAUCCAGCUGCUUAUGCAGGACUAUCGUGAUGGGCCUGAUGUACGCACGGCAUCUGGGGCGCAGAGUCAUACGAGCAGUGUUGAAAGGAACUUGACCAUUCUUUCGAGGUGGACGUCUUGA